AUUAAAACCAUUGCGCUAAGAAAAAAUAAAAAUGCUGCAAGAAUUUUCUUUUUAAAAUUAACGGAUCCUGAUAGUAGCAAUACUGAUACUGAAAUACCUGAAAAUAUUACUAUCGAAGAUUAUACUGACCAAAUCGAAGAAUGUGUUAGAAUUUAUCAAAUGAAUUUUGAAAAAAAAAUUCAAAUUUAUAGAUUUCCAAAAAAUGAAUCUGUAUUGUUAACUGGUACUCAUGAAGAAGAGGAGGAUGAAGAAAU